AUGUCUGCAAUGAUUCUUGUAACGCUGCUGGCUGUGUCCUGCGCUGUUUCUGCCCAGUCAGAUGUGGAGAGCCAGGCGAAGGAGUUUCUGCAGAGGUUUGACAAUGAAGCCACUGAGCGUAUGUACCAGUACUCGCUGGCAUCAUGGGCCUACAACACCAACAUCACAAAGGAGAACUCAGACAAACUGUCAGAACAGGGGCAAAUUUGGGGCAAUUUCUACACCCAGAUGUCAGUAGAAUCUCAGAAAUUUCCCAUCGACCAGAUCAAGGAUCCAGAAAUCAAAUUACAACUCAUCUCCCUGCAAGACAAAGGCUCUGGUGCUCUAUCCCAGGAUAAGGCUGAACAUCUGAGUAAGGUCAUGAGUGAGAUGAGCACAAUCUACAGCACAGCAACAGUGUGUCUGAUGGACGAUCCCCAUAACUGCCAGACUUUGGAGCCAGGCCUGGAGCAUGUGAUGUCCAACAGCCGAAACUACUAUGAGCGUCUGCAUGUGUGGGAGGGCUGGAGGAGGGAGGUGGGGAAGAGGAUGAGGCCUCUGUACGAAGAUUAUGUGGAUCUGAAGAAUGAAGCUGCCAAACUAAACGGUUUUGAAGACUAUGGAGCUUACUGGAGAUAUAACUAUGAGACCAUUGAGGACGACAUUCAGUACAAGUACACCAGAGAUCAGCUGAUGGAAGACGUCCGUUCAAUAUACAAAGAAAUCCUGCCAUUAUACAAGGAGCUGCAUGCCUAUGUGAGAGCCAGGCUUAUGGAGGUCUACCCUGGACACAUUGAUUCAAAAGGACCACUGCCAGCCCACCUGCUGGGUGACAUGUGGGGAAGAUUCUGGACCAACCUGUACCCUCUGUCUGUCCCCUACCCUGCAAAACCAGAUAUUGAUGUCAGCAAAACUAUGGUGGAGAAGGGUUGGAGUGAGCUACAACUUUUCAAAGAAGCAGAGAAGUUCUUCAUGUCUGUGGGCCUGUAUGAGAUGUUUGAAAACUUCUGGAAUAACUCCAUGCUGGUAAAGCCUGAGGAUGGACGCAACGUGGUCUGUCACCCCACGGCCUGGGACAUGGGAAACAGAGAGGACUUCAGAAUCAAAAUGUGCACCAAGGUCAACAUGGAUGACUUCCUAACAGUGCACCAUGAGAUGGGUCACAAUCAGUACCAGAUGGCUUAUCGCAACUUGUCCUACCUCCUGAGGGACGGAGCCAAUGAGGGUUUCCACGAGGCUGUUGGAGAAAUCAUGUCCCUCUCCGCUGCAACGCCCAAACACCUGCAGAGCCUGGAUCUCCUGCCAGCUGACUUUAUUUAUGAUAAUGACACGGAGAUCAACUUCCUGCUGAAACAGGCACUCACCAUUGUGGCCACACUGCCAUUCACCUACAUGCUGGAGGAAUGGAGGUGGCAGGUGUUUGCAGGGAACAUGUCCAAGGAUGAAUGGAUGGAGCGCUGGUGGGAGAUGAAGAGGGAGUUGGUAGGUGUGGUGGAGCCAGUGCCGAGAGAUGAGACUUACUGUGACCCGCCUGCUCUGUUCCAUGUAUCUGGAGACUAUUCUUUCAUCAGGUACUUCACAAGAACCAUCUACCAGUUUCAAUUCCAAAAAGCACUCUGUGAUGCAGCUGGUCAUACAGAUGCCUUGUCUACAUGUGACAUUACUGGUUCUACCGCAGCAGGAACAAAGCUGAGGAAUAUGUUAGAGCUGGGAAGGUCCCAGUCCUGGACCAGGGCUUUGCAUACAAUAUCCGGUGACGUUAGGAUGGAUGCCCGUCCCCUGUUGGAUUAUUUUCAAAAACUUCAUGACUGGCUGAAGACAGAGAACAGCAAACACGGCAGGACUGUAGGCUGGAGUACAGCAGUAGAUCCAUAUUCAGAAUAUGCUAUUAAAGUGAGAAUAAGUUUGAAGGCGGCCAUGGGCGACAACGCUUAUUCCUGGAAUGCCAACGAGCUGUACCUGUUUAAGGCCAACAUCGCGUAUGCUUUGAGGCAGUACUACAGCCAAAAGAACGAGACCCUUCUUUUCACAUCAGAGAACGUCCUCGCCUAUAAGGAGACUCCCAGAAUCUCCUUCUACAUUGUGGUCACCAACCCAUCAAGUCCCUAUAUGUAUAUACCAAAGAAUGAUGUGGAGGCCGCCAUCCGGUUAUGUCGAGGCCGAAUCAACGAUGCCUUCAAAUUGGAUGACAGGACGCUGGAGUUCGAGGGUAUCCCAGCAACACUGGCCCCUCCUGUGGAGCAACCCGUGGAGGUGUGGCUUGUGGUGUUUGGGGUGGUCAUGGGAAUUGUGGUGCUCCUGGGCAUCUACCUCGUCGUGUCUGGUGUCAGAGAGCGCAAGAAGAAAUCUGCAAAGACAGUGGAGAACCCCUACGAUACAAACUUUGAUGGACAAAUUAACAAAGCCUUUGAGGACAAUGAUGAUGAACAAACUGGAUUCUGAUUCAGCAAACAACAAAGUGAAGGUGUCCUCAGUUUUCACCAACAGUAGGCUCAUAGUCACUGUCCAAGAAAAAGAAAGUGACAGAUCUUGCUUUUAUAAGACCUUUCACUCUUUCACCUGUGCUGCAUGGCCU